UUUGACAGCCCUAGUUAAAUGUACACCUUAUGCCUAAUAUAUACGUAACACAAUAAAAUAGAAUUGUUGUGGAACUCAAAAUGUUGACUGGACAGUUAUGGACUAUGCACAUUAAAUCAUUCGUAACAUCAAAUAUUACACAAUACACCAAAGUAUAUCAGUAGCCGUGUCCUUAAGUCUUUCUGAUAGUUUCCCCCUGACCAUUUUACAACAAUAAUAUAAUGAAAACCUGAAAUUAUGGCUUUUAGUUUUAGCCACCCCAAGAUUUUAAGUGGCCCCAUCUGGCCACCCCUAUGAAAAAUUUCUGGAGGCGCCACUGCAUGUCCAACCUGCAAGUGACGUCACAUCUACAGUUCUCCCUCAAUUCCGAAAAUUCCUUUUGCACGUGAAUGUAGCAACAUCCCAGCGCAUCACUGUGACGUCCCCGCACGCGUUCGGAUGCCGUUCCGUCCGAAACACCACCAGUACUCAUCUUUGCCCGUUCUCCUUCUUCCGUGUGCUUUCGGGGCGUUGUCAAAACUGGGGGUCUGCGGCGGAGACAUGCAGCGGAACACGGUGGUCGUGGUGGCGGAUAAAACCAGCCUCAAGAGGCCCUUCAUAUUCGCCUGCGCCGUCAAUAUGGCUUUGUGCUUCUUCAUGCUGACCACUGCCCACCGAGACCUCCUGCAAGCAGGCCAGCUAGUCUCCUACGUGUCAGUGGUGAUUUUGUACAUCCUGGAGGUCGUCUGCCUGCUGCUGUCUAUGCUCGGCGUAUUUGGCGCCUGCACAGGGAGGAGGUGGUGUUUAAUUCUGUUUGCUGCUGGGAUGGCAGCAGCCAGUCAAACAAUCAUUGUCAAAACAGCACUGAGCUACCAGGACAUUUACGAGACUGGGGUGGCAAGAGAAGAGUCCAAGUUGCUGUCCAUGAUGCCUUUGAGUGCUCCCAGUAAAGUCAACCGGACUUUACUUCAUAGUAUUCAAGCACAUUUUAAAUGCUGUGGACUUAUAGAAGGCUACAAAGACUGGGGAACUGCUAUCCCCGCUUCUUGUCAUUGCCAGUCGCCUGGGAAAUGCAUCAGAUUGCGAGGAAGCGCCACUCUGGGAGCUCCAAAGAACCAAUAUGUCUAUCAAGAGGCUUGCCUACCAAUUUAUGUUUCAGUAUUGAAGCGAGCAUUCUCCCUAUCCAUGGGAAUUAAAUUUGGAAGUGGAGUAUUUUGGGCUGUUCUGCUAGUGAUGAGCCUGAAUCUUAUGGUGCAGAUGAAGCGCAAACAGGAGUUCAUGGCUCUCCUCCAGUCUAAUCGAUAUGUCCCCGGUGCUUUCUAGUCACCGUAGUGAGGACUGUCUUUGAAUUUGCACAUGAGAAACACAAUAUGCUGUAUACCAUUGAUAACCAGGCCAUCAUUUGAAUAUGUACCACUUAAAAUGCACGUAGACCUGACAUGUAUUCCACAUGCAUUUUGCCUAUAAAUGAAUGAUGGCUCAUUUUAACCAUUAUUAAAGUACAGUUAUAUACUUGUCAUAAACGACGUUAACCAGCAUAUAUCCCAGCAUGUACUGGGGAAAUGACAUUUUCACACACCUACAGUCCCUGACUAAAGUCUUGUCGCUUAUCGAUUUUGUUGAAGCAAUUGCUAAUAACUAAAGAUGUCCCGAUCACGUCAUUUUCAAAGUAUCGGAAUCGGCAAAAAAAUAUCGGACAUGCCUUUUUUUUAUAUAUAUAUUUUUUAAUUAAAUUGUUUUCUAAUUGUAUUUAACGUUACAGACAAAAUGUCAUAUUCAUCCAGAGUCUUUAGUUUUGGCUUAAAAAUUUAUCGCGUUAACGGAGGUAAUUAAUUUUUUUUUUAAUUAAUCACGUUGAAAUAUUUUAUGCAAUUAAUGGAUGCGCUGCACGACCCACUCACGCAUUGUCGCGUUCAAUCUAUAAUGGCGCCGUUUUACCUAUAUAUAGAGCUAACAGGCAGCGUAAAAUGAUUAGAGAGAUUUUUUGGCAGUCUUUGGAGCGUCUUAUCAAUUGGCUAAAGCCUUAAAAUCCCUCUCUCAACAAUUUGAAAUAUCGUGCGAGGCAAUGUGGGGAAGAACGGUAGUAGUUGAUCUUUUCCUUAACACCGUAUGUUACUUCCCAAUGCAGAGAAGAUAUAUCCAUUGGUGCCACUACGCACAGUCAUGGUUGCACUUCCCAUCAUGCAUUUGGGCAGAACAGUUAAAUGGCUGCAGUAUCAUUUACUGAAAGCUCAACAAAUACACUAGUUGACUACAUUUAGUCACAAUAUACAAAGUCACAUUUAUCCUUUAAGAAUUACAAGUCUUUCUAUCCGUGGAUCCCUCUCACAGAAAGAAUGUUAAUAAUGUAAAUGCCAUCUUGAGGAUUUAUUGUCAUAAUAAACAAAUACAGUACUUAUGUACUGUAUGUUGAAUGUAUAUAUUCGUCCGAGUUUUAUUCAUUUUUUUCUUAAUGCAUUGCCAAAAUGUAUAUGAUCGGGAAAAAUUAUCGGGAAUGAUUGGAAUUGAAUCGGGAGCAAAAAAAAAAAAAAAAAGCAAUCGGAUCGGGAAAUAUCGGGAUCGGCAGAUACUCAAACUAAAACGAUCGGUAGCAAAAAAACAUGAUCGGAACAACCCUAAUUAAAAGUCAGGUUAUUAGCAAUUGUUUCCACAAAAUUCAUAAGCGACAAGACUUUUGUCAGGGACUGUAGAAAGUCAGGUAUGAAUAUAUUAUAGAAAUAUAUGUAACCGACUCCAUAUGUAUGUCACACAGUAUUUGUAAUGUUAUGCUCAGAAUGGCAUUAACCAGAAAUGACUGAGAAUGUUACCACACAUUAGGAAACCUCAGUUUGUACUUAUAAAAGCACAUGUACAGUAUAGAGUUGUAACUUUUCAUUUUGCAGACGCUUAUUAUUUUUUCCAUCCUUUCUUUCCAAUUAAAAAUGGCAAAAUGUGUCCAUUUAGACUCCUAUCAUGUAUUUUCCUCAUGCAUUUUUUUGAG